AUGAGGCCAGCUCCAGUCGUGCGUCGUGGAGGCUUCAGCAUGUCUCUGCCCAGCCUCCUGGCCCUGCUGUUGCUGCUGCUGGUACCUGUCUGUCAGGCUGAGUCCCGGAGGAGUGACCCGCUCGUGGGGAGUGCCCUGCCCUCCAGCCUCUAUCCCUACACCGUGGCCCCCACCAGCAACAGCAGCCUCCCCUGGGUGGACAAGUGUAACGAGAAGACGGAGUGUAAACCUGGCAUCCUGCUGCCCGUGUGGGAGCCUGACAACCCGGGGCUGGGCCAGCAGGUGGCUCGGGCGGUGGUCUACUUUGUGUCGCUCAUGUACAUGUUCAUGGGAGUGUCCAUCAUCGCUGACCGCUUCAUGGCCUCCAUCGAAGUCAUCACGUCACAGGAGAAAGAGGUGACCAUAACACUGCCGAAUGGGGAAACGACUUCAGCAACGGUCCGAAUCUGGAACGAGACAGUGUCCAACCUGACCCUGAUGGCCCUGGGCUCCAGCGCUCCUGAGAUCCUGCUGUCUGUUAUAGAGAUCUGUGGUCACGGGUUUAAAGCCGGGAAGCUGGGCCCUGGCACUAUUGUUGGCAGUGCAGCGUUUAACAUGUUUGUUAUCAUCGGCAUCUGUGUGUGGACGAUUCCCAACGGAGAGUCACGUAAAAUCAAACAUCUGCGCGUGUUCUUCAUCACCGCGUUUUGGAGUAUCUUUGCGUACGUCUGGCUCUACCUCAUCCUGUCGGCCAUUUCUCCCGGCGUGGUGGAGAUUUGGGAGGCUCUGGUCACACUGCUGUUCUUCCCUGUGUGUGUGCUGCUGGCCUGGAUCGCAGAUCGCCGCCUCCUCUUCUAUAAAUACAUGGGCAAACGUUAUCGGGCUGACAAGCGUGGCAUUGUGGUGGAGACAGAGGGGGAUCUGACUCCCAAUAAAGCCACUAUGGAGAUGGCCAUUGAUGGCAAGUUUCCUCUCCGUGGUGGCGCUGUGGUCCCCACUGAGAACUGCAGAGGAAACACUGAUGACACCACAGGAGCUGGAGACACUGCUGCAGGGGCCUCCAGCGGAGGGGGCCACCUGCCCACCUCCAACAGUGCAAUGGUCAACAUGGAGAGCAGCCGGGAGCUGGAUGAGAGCCGCAAGGAGGUGAUUCGGAUCCUGAGGGAGCUGAAACAGAAGUAUCCCGAUAAAGAGCUGGACCAGCUUAUGGAACUGGCUAACUACUACGCCCUGCUGCACCAACAGAAGAGCCGGGCCUUCUACCGCAUUCAGGCCACUCGCAUGAUGAUCGGAGCAGGGAACGUCCUGAAGAAGCACGCGGCUGACCACGCCCGCCGCGCGGUGGUCCCAGAGGAGGAGGUUCCGGAGGACAACGACCUGGACGUCUGCAGCCACAUCUCCUUCGAGAGCCCCCACACUCAGUGCAUGGAGAACUGCGGCGUGCUGAGCCUCGCCGUGCUCUGCCAGGGAGGUCUAGGAGAGAACACCUUCUACGUGGACUACAGGACUGAGGACGGCUCUGCAAACGCUGGCUCAGACUACGAUUAUCGUGAAGGGACGCUGGUCUUCAAACCUGGAGACACACGCAAGGAGAUCAGGGUGGGCAUCAUUGACGACGACAUCUUUGAGGAGGACGAGCAUUUCUUCGUGCGCCUGCUGAACCUGCGCGUGGGAGACGCAGAGGGCAUGUUUGAGAGCGAUGAGGCGGGUGCUGCCCCUAAAGCCCGUCUGAUGGAACCCCUGGUCGCCACGGUGACCAUCCUGGACGACGACCACGCUGGGAUCUUCACGUUCAGCGACAGCAUGUGCCGCGUCAGUGAGAGCGUGGGCACGAUGGAGGUCACUGUGGUGCGCAACUCCGGAGCGCGAGGCACGGUCAUCCUCCCGUAUCACACCGAGGCCGGCACCGCCAAGUCGGGGGAGGACUACGAGGACGCCAGGGGAGAGCUGGAGUUCACCAACGACCAGACCGCUCAGACGAUUCAGAUCAGGAUCAUUGAUGAUGAAGAGUAUGAGAAAAAAGAGAGCUUCUACAUUGUCCUGGAAGAGCCCAGAUGGCUGAAGAGGGGCAUCUCAGCCUUGCUCCUAAACCAAGAUGACUGUGAGGGCCAGGUCAGUGCUGAGGAAGAGGAGGCCCGCAGGAUCGCUGAGAUGGGGAAACCCAUUCUGGGAGAACACAGUCGACUGGAGGUGGUCAUCGAGGAGUCCUAUGAGUUCAAGAGCACAGUGGACAAACUGAUCAAGAAGACCAACCUAGCACUGGUCAUUGGAACACAUUCUUGGAGGGAACAGUUUGUGGAGGCUGUGACGGUCAGUGCAGGGGAUGGCGACGAGGACGAGGAGCGACUGCCCUCCUGCUAUGACUAUGUCAUGCACUUUGUCACGGUCUUCUGGAAGGUGCUGUUUGCCUGCGUCCCUCCCACAGAAUACUGGAACGGCUGGGCCUGCUUCUGCGUGUCCAUCAGUUCCAUUGGAUUCCUCACAGCCAUAAUCGGAGAUCUGGCCUCUCACUUCGGCUGCACUGUGGGGCUACGAGACACAGUCACUGCGGUGGUGUUUGUGGCUCUAGGAACAUCCAUACCAGACACAUUUGCCAGUAAAGUAGCAGCCAUACAGGACCAGCACGCAGACGCCUCCGUUGGCAACGUCACUGGCAGUAAUGCAGUCAAUGUAUUUCUGGGGAUCGGAGUGGCCUGGUCCGUGGCUGCCGUCUACUGGAGGAUCCAAGGACAGCCCUUCAGAGUUGACCCUGGCUCUAUGGCCUUCUCCGUCACACUCUUCACCAUCUUUGCGUUCAUCUGCAUGGGCGUGCUGAUGUUCCGCCGCAGGCCCUCUAUCGGGGGAGAGCUGGGAGGGCCCAAAAUCCCCCGACUUCUCACCACUCUGCUUUUCUUGGGUCUUUGGUUCCUCUACAUCUUGUUCUCCAGCCUGGAGGCCUACUGCCACAUCAAGGGCUUUUAA